UCGAUUCUGUAUCCGUCACCCGGCGCUCCAGCCAGCACACAGCCAGCACACCAGCCAGCGACUCCUUCCGCCUCCAGCGCCAUCCUCUGUCGCAUCCCCUCCGCCGUCGCCCAUAGCUGAAAAUACCCACCCGUCUGCUCCACCGCUUUCUGUCCAGCCGCUUCGUUAGCGCAUCGCUGCUUUCGCCGCGGUCCCGAUCCCAGCCAAAGGCGCACUACGUCCACCCAGCCACUCACCUUGCCCAAACCUCGGUCAUGAAUGUGCUUGUAUAUACGGGCCCUGGUGCAGGCAAGGGCCCAAUCGAACAAACCAUCGGGACCCUCAGGCUCCAUCUCUCCGACUCGUAUGACAUCAUCUCUGUCGACGCAGCCACGUUGCUCAAGGAGCCUUGGCAGGCCACCACCAAGCUGCUCGUUCUUCCAGGCGGCCGAGACCUGCCGUACGUCGAACAGCUGUCGCCCAAAGUGACCUCGCUCAUCCGCGACUGGGUCGCCAAUGACGGCGGCUCCUUCCUUGGUAUCUGCGCUGGCGCCUACUUUGCCAGUCGCCAAGUCGACUUUGAGCCCGACCGGCCCAGCUACAAGGUCGUUGGCGAGCGCGACCUGCGAUUCUUUGAUGGCUCGGCUCGCGGCAGCAUCGCUGACGGCUUCAUCUACAACAGCGAGAUGGGCUCCAAGAACUGCAGCAUCACACUCGACAAGCCGGCGCUCGGACUCGACUUUGACAGUCUGCAAGUCUACGUCAAUGGCGGGCCCUACUUUGAUCUCGAAAGCCUGCUUCCCGAGAGCCCGCAGCCGACCGUCUUGGCCGAAUACGAUCCCAAGGACGUCUCCGACAAGUGGAAAGCCGAUAGCGCACAGAACAAGCGAUACCCUGCCAUCCUUGAGUGCGCUAUCGGUCGUGGAAAGGCCAUCUUGACUGGCCCGCACAUCGAGUACCAGAUGCGUCCUCUCGGGAGUGCACUCGCCGCCAAGCCGGGCUCAGAAGCGAUCGAGUGGCGAGAUGCCGUGGUCUCGGGCCUGCUGCCGUUUGAGAAGCAGCGAUCGCGGUUGUUCCGAGAGCUGCUGAUUCGCCUGGGUCUGAACACCAACAUCCGUCCCGAGCGAUCCGACCUGGAUACCAGCCACGACGAGCCGCCAAAGUUGACACCUAUGUUCCUGUGCUUCCAGCCCAGCCCCCACGUUAAUGUCGAGGACAAGAUCGCCCAAAUUCGCAGGCCCUUUGAUGCCGCCGCCCGCUCGCCCAACGAGCCGUGUGUUCUGGAGGACGAUGUCAACCGCUUGGUGCUCGAAGACCGGCAGCAGGAUCAGUACAGCGACACCAUGCCUGUGCUCGAAUGCGAGCAGGAUGAUAGGCCACACAAGUCUGUCGUCAAGCUCUGUGUCUGUCGCGAUCUGAGCCAGAUCCCCAGGCGCGAUCUACUCCAGUUCAACAUCGACCGGUAUCUUGGAUAUCUGAAGGAAUAUCAGGACCACUGGACCAAGAAGCAGCGCUGGCUCGAAGGCACCUGGAAAUGUGGAUCGGUGAUGCUCUAUGGCGACAUUGUCGAAUCUACCCAAACACUGCUGGACCGCAAUUACAAGUUCUCUCAGUCGUUGCCUGAAGGACUGGUGUGCGUGGGCUCCCACCAAACCGCCGGCCGUGGUCGCGGACGUAACUCAUGGAUAUCUCAAAGCGGAUGUCUCCAGUUCUCGCUGGCCCUCAGACACAACGACCACAAGUCCAUCAUCUUCAUCCAGUACCUGUUUGGCCUUGCUGUCGUGCAGGCGCUCAAAUCGCAAUCUGGAUAUGAGGUUUGAGCUCCCAGUUCAUCUCAAAUGGCCCAACGACAUUUAUGCGCGCGUCGGCCCUGGUCCUGAAGGACUGAAGAAGAUCGGCGGCAUUCUCGUC